AUGGAAUUCGAAAGCGAGGAGCUUCUUGAUAACUUGAUUUUACCGAUUUUAGACGCUUAUCGAUACCCACUACGGUUUCCUCCUUAUCCGUGUAUCGUCCUCACUGCUCAAAUUGAUCUCUAUCUGACAUACACCGACAAUACAGGGACAGAGUAUCGAGGGUGGAGUGUGCGAUUUGCGUUCACCAAGGACAGUCGUCUCAACGCUGCAGGCGAGUUUGCCCUCUACCAGGUGAAUGUCACUGCGGACUACCCAGCAACAAAGACGUUAUUUACGAAUGCUCCAGAUUCUGUCUACAACUAUUUCUUGCCUGUCGACCUGAAGAAUGUACCGACAGUAGCGGACACGAUUUAUGCGCAUUUGAACAAAUCGUUUGCGUGCACAGCAGCACAAAAGUUCAUUAUCAACAACGAUCCGAAGAAAGGACCAUUGGCCUCAUUCAAAUUAUCAUAUCUACAAGUGGAAGCUUUCAAAGUAACAACACCCCAAGGCGACAAUAAGUUCGAUGAGAAAGAGAUCUGUCCGCGAGAUCAGAAUGUCACAGACAUAGUCCCAAUCAUCGUUGGCAGUUGCCUAGCUGGACUCAUUGUGAUCACAAUGGUCACAUACCUGCAUGCUCAUGCAGUGCUGACUACACGUUGGACGUGUGAGCACAUUUAG